GCUCACAUUCAGCCCCACUUCAGCCCUCCCCACAAACGCAGAGAAGGAUUUUAAUGAAAAGGAGUGCGGGGCUGUCCCAGCCCUCAGCGCUUGAACCUCCACCAGCACGACCUUCCCCUUCGGGGUGCUCACAAUCGCUCCCCAACUUUAAACAGCUUUGGGUUCGCAGAAGGUAGAAGCGGAGGAUAAGCUGUUUUGAAAUCAGUGCUGGAGGGGAGGAAAAAAAAAAAAAAAAAAAAACCACGAGCUCCAUCUCCUCCAAUGAAAGAGGUACCACAGGGUGUAGGCAGGUUGCCAGGCGAGCUCGGCAGCGUGACCGCACUGCAUUGAGUUUCUUUAAUGAAAGCCAGGAAAGAACACAUUACACAGUGUUUCUUCUGCGAGCUCGCUAGCCUCCAGUGAUUGAAAUCAAUAAAAACAGUCGGCAAGGGGCCCAGUGGGGGAAGAGAGAAAUCUCCACUACAGCAUUCAGUUUGCUUUCCACUUUCUCCCUCCCCCCUGAAGUUAAACUCUGAAGCUCACCAUGACAAGCGGCUUCGCUUUCAGCGCUCGGCAGACUCUGGUGGGGAUUUAAAGGAAGCGAGUGCUCCAGUUCCCCUCGCUGCCUUCGCUCUCGCCACUCCGCCGCGAAAAUGAAAGGCUGGCUUUGAAUUCGGGUCCUGCCUGGAGAAAGUUCCUGGGGCAAGUGCACCGCUCUGCAUCUCAGGAGAGGGAUGAGUUCUGCAGUUGGAGGAUGUUAGAAGGUGAGAGGGGAAGGAGGAGGAAUCUGAGUCAGCAAGAGCCCGCGGCCAGGCGAGGAUGUCAACCGCGGCAGAGGGCACCUCUGGAUCUGCGGGACUGACCGCAAGCAAACGGCCCCGAUCGCUGUCAUCCGCGUCCUAAGGCAGCCGAAACGCUCGCCUACACGUGACCAACGCGCAGACCCAGUGGCUCAAUCUACGACUGACAUUCUUCUGUGCUUCACAUCACAGAAAUGAGAGAUUGCAGUUUCUGCUGAGCUUACUUUCUAAAGGUUCUGCCUUGAUGGGCAAAAUGCUUCUGCCAGCCAUCAAGAAGGUAAGGGGGUACCUACCAGGAAAGCUGGUAACCAGCAGAGAAGAUACAAAAGCUAAAAUCACUAUGUGGAGCUGUGAAACCUUAAACAGUACCGAGAACAGUGAGGACCAGCAUCUCUGCCAUGACUUCCACCUUGUGCUUUCCAUCUUUUCCCUACUCUACAUCAUUAUAUGUUUCCCAAUCAGCCUUUGCUACAAUGGCUUGCUGGUCCUGGUUAAUCUGUAUAACAAAGCAACUAUGACGAUGCCAGAUGUUUACUUUGUCAACAUAGCCAUUGCCGGUCUCAUCAUCAACGCUCUGGCACCAAUGUACCUUCUAGGUCUUGCCAAUACAAAAUGGGCCAUUUGGAAUUCUAACAACGAAGUUUAUAUUACCUUGCUUAUUUUAUUCAACGUCUCAUCUUUAGUUACCAUGUACUCUACAACGUUACUCAGCCUGGACUACUACAUCGAACGUGCUCUACCUAGAACUUACAUGUCAAGUGUGUACAACACCAAGCACGUCUGUGGAUUCAUAUGGGGUGGAGCCAUGCUGACAAGUUUCUCAUCUCUUCUAUUCUACGUCUGCAAUCACGUAUCCACUAAAAUAAUUGAAUGUUCCAAGAUGCAGAACAAAGAGGCAGCAGAUGCCAUUAUGGUCUUCAUCGGGUAUGUUGUACCAGCUGUCGCAGUACUGUAUGCACUUAUAUUGAUCUUGCGAAUACGCAAAGAGGCUACACCACUGGAUCAAGACACUGGACGAUUAGAUCCGUCAGUGCACAGGCUUUUGAUUGCCACAGUCUGUACACAGUUCACAUUAUGGACACCCUAUUACGUUACCCUUUUGGUAAGCACAUUUACUUAUGCACAAGGAAGACUUGCAGAUGAAAAUUACAAUCGAAUAUUACAUUUUACCAAGAUUUUAUCCAAUUUCUUGGCUUUCUCAAGCAGCUUUGUAAUGCCUCUGCUCUACAGAUACAUUAACAAAAACUUUCCUAACAAACUACGACGUUUGCUUAAAAAGAUACACUGUGGGAAUCAAGGGUGUUCUCACGAACGCACAGUGGUACAGCAAGUUAUGACAUAGGUAUAAAAAAAUACUGGUGCUGUUACUGCAGGACAUAGUGUACAGUAUACCAGCACUCAGACUGCUACUGCUGUGUGGGCACCCAAAGUCACCGAUGUGACAAUCCCAACCAGGAGACUUGGAGGAGCCUUCGAUUAAUAAAACAGUCUUAAUUUUCAAAUAAUUGAUUAUUUGCUGAGAUCUUGUAAGACUCUGGCCUAUGUGCUGUAAUACCUGUGACAUCUAAUAUUUUCAGUGCACUGAACUGGUUACAAAGCGUAGGCUCUGUCUUCAUUGUUCUAAUUCUUGUCUGAAGAAAUCGCUAAGCUGUUUAUUGAAGUACUGACUGAAUACACAGCACCUUGUAUCUUGUAGAGGAAAAGGUAUUACCUUAUUUUCUGUACAAAGAAGUAACAGUGCUAUUCUUGAUGAAGUAAAUAGUAUUUUUCAAUGAAGAUUAUAUAAUGAUCUUUACUAAAGAUCUUAUUAUCCAAUUAUACAUGUCAAAAUAGUAAAUGUUAAUUAUAAAUUAAAUUAUUUAAUUUCUUUCUCCAUAACUGAAUUCCCUCUAAAAGAUGUCUAAUUUACUAUUUUCAGAAAUUAUAUUCUCACACAAACUAACCUAAGUUUUUAACAUGUGCGGAAAAUCAUUUUUUUUCUAGAUAUAACAAUUAACAAAAACUUGUUUAUUCUUCCAGUGCUUUGUUGGCAUCCUAAGACAUUUCAAGAAUUCAGAAAUAUUUAUUAACUAAUUCUAGGGGAACUGAGAGAUGUUUAUCCCACAUAUUAAAAUGAAGGACACAGUGGUUUACAAAGUUAAAUCAAAAUUCAAGUAGUAAAGAAUGUCUGGCUAAGUGUUAUGGUCCACAUAUGUUCAUGUAACAAGAGUAAUUGUCUUAAAAAUAAAUAUGUUUAUGAUUAACAUUUUGUAUUUUCAAGGGAUAUGUUUGCAACAAAUCAAUCGAAAUCUCUUUAAUCUAGGGCAUCACUGGAAGUUUGGAAACCAUACAAAAUCCUUCAAUACUUACAAGAUUUUAAAAUGGGAGUAAUAGGUAUGAAUUCCAGUCAAGGUCAGCUUUUUGCUGACCUGUGAAAAAUGGACUGCCUCCCAACAUGAUUCUUGAAUAUACAGUAAAAGUAUAGUUUUUGUAUUUCACAAUGGGGAUGA